GCCGGGGACGCUCUCGCGAGACCCCCUCCCCCUCGGCUCACGUGACCGGCGGGCGCGGCGCUGCUCACGUGACAGGCGCUGCCGGCCGCAGGGUCCCCUCGGUGCCGGCGCCGCAGCUGCCGGGCCUCUCGAGUCGGUGGACGCGCCCUCCCGCCGGCCUCGCAACCGCCGCAUCCCGUCCUCGGCUGCGAAGCGCCAUGGCGGCCCCCGGCGCCCGGCGGCCGCUGCUCCUCUUGCUGCUCGCAGGCCUUGCACACGGUGCCUCAGCAUUGUUUGUGGUGAAAGACAACAAUGGCACAGCUUGUAUAAUGGCUAACUUCUCUGCCUCCUUCUGGACCAUCUACGAGACUGGACAUGGUUCUCAGAACUCGACCAUCGAUCUGCCGCCCUCCGCAGAAGUACUGAACAGCAGCAGUUCUUGUGGUAGAGAAAAUGCUUCUGAACCUAGCCUCACUGUUGCUUUUGGAAGCGGGUAUCUACUGACGCUCAACUUCACGAGAAACGCAACCCGUUACCGUGUCCAGCACAUGCGCUUCUCAUACAACUUGUCAGACACACAGCAUUUCCCCAAUGCCAGCACCAAAGAUGCUGGCCAGAGCCUAAGGAUCCACUCUGUAGACUCCAUAACUGACAUCAAGGCAGACAUCAACAAAACAUAUCGAUGCUUGAGUGCAACCGAGGUCCACAUGGGCAAUGUGACCAUCACACUCCGUGAUGUCACUAUCCAGGCCUACCUGUCGAAUAGCAACUUCAGCAAAGAAGAGACACACUGCACGCAGGACGGACCUUCCCCAACCCCUGUGCCACCUAGCCCCUUGCCACCACUUGUGCCCACAAACCCCACUGUGGCUAAGUACAAUGUGACUGGUAAAAACGGAACCUGCCUGCUUGCCUCUAUGGCGCUACAGCUGAACAUCACCUACUUGAAGAAGGACAACAACACGACUGUGACCAGAGUGUUCAACAUCAGCCCAAAUGACACAUUUAAUGGGACCUGCGAUAUCUCUGUGGUGACCCUGAGAGUUGGGAACAGCAACACUCUCCUGCAGUUGAAGUUCGGGAUGAAUGCCACUUCGAGCCUGUUUUUCCUACAAGAUGUCCAGUUGAACAUGACUCUUCCCGAUGCCAAAGAUUCCGCAUUCUAUGCCUCUAACAGUUCACUGAGAGCUCUUCAGGCCACGAUCGGGAACUCGUACAAGUGCAACACUGAGGAGCACAUCUUUGUCAGCCAGACCUUUUCCCUCAAUGUCUUCAGUAUUCAGGUCCAGGCUUUCAAAGUCGAAAGUGACAGGUUUGGGUCUGUGGAAGAGUGUGUGCAGGAUGGUAACAACAUGUUGAUCCCCAUUGCUGUGGGCGGUGCCCUGGCAGGGCUGGUCCUCAUCGUCCUCAUCGCCUACCUCAUCGGCAGGAAGAGGAGUCAUGCUGGCUACCAGACCAUCUAACCUGGUGGGUGGGCGGAUGCACCACAGACGCACAGGGGUCUGUUCUUACGUCCUGAGCUUAGAUAGGUGUGGAAGGGAGGCACACUUUCUGGCAAACUGUUUUCAAAUCUGCUUUAUCAAAUGUGAAGUUCAUCUUGCAACAUUUACUAUGCACAAGGAAUAACUAUUGAAAUGACGGUGUUAAUUUUGCUAACUGGGUUAAAUAUUUUGCUAACUGGUUAAAUGUUAAUGUUACCAAAGUAGAGCUCUAAGGAGAACAAGAAGGUUUUUUGGAAUCGCACAGGCUCCCCCAUUUGACUUUUUAAGAUUUGGUGUUUGGUUUCUUCAUUCUUUUACUCGGAUUUAGCCUUACAAAGGGAAUUUCUGGUCUGAACCCUUGGGCCUGGUGAGGGCGGCUAAUGGUUCGGCUGCACACUGCAGAUGCCAGAAGGGGUGAGUGGGAAGCCCUGCCACAGAGGCGUACGCAGGCUCAACCUCUGGACAUUAAGUUGGGCUGCUGGCCUGGGGGGCUGGCAUCUGGCUGGGCACAUUCACCAGUGUUUUGUGCUCUGCCACCCACACGCUGGCACUUUUCUAAAUAGAAAAUGGCAUUAUUUUUAUUUACUUUUUGUAAAGUGAUUUCCAGUCUUCUGUUGGCAUUCAGGGUGGCCCUGUUUCUGCACUGUGUACAAUAAUAGAUUCACACUGCUGACCUGUCCUGCGGCGUAGGUGGGUUGUACACUGAGGACCAGCUCACGUGUAAUGCAUUGCUGUAACAAUGCUAAUAAAAAGUCUCCUUCUUUGUCUGUC